GCUGUUUACUUCAACACGUGCAGCAGACGUUGUUUAUAUUUCUUGUUGAGGUUUUUAUUUGAAACCGCUGCAAAAUGAAGUUUUCCUACAAAUUCUCCAAUUUGCUGGGCACCAUCUACCGGAACGGAAAUUUGGUCUUCACACCGGAUGGAAAUUCAGUCAUCAGCCCAGUUGGAAAUCGAAUAACCGUUUACGAUUUGAAAAACAACAAAUCGCGAACUCUGUCCUUGGAAUCGCGCUACAACUACACAAACUUGGCCCUUUCUCCAGAUGGAAGUCUUCUGCUGGCUGUCAAUGAACAGGGCGAGGCCCAGCUCAUCAGUAUGAUGUCCUGUACGGUAAUCCAUCGCCACAAGUUCCAAACUGGCAUUCGAUGCCUUUCCUUCAGCCCCAAUGGACAAUAUUUCGCUGUGGCGAUAGAGAACUUGGUACUCAUAUUCCUUUCUCCUGGCGAAAUCACCGGAGAAUACAACCCAUUUGUCCUGAAGCGGCGAUUUUUGGGCGGCUUUGACGAUGUCACCUGGCUGGACUGGUCCUCUGAUUCGAGGUUUCUGGCUAUUGGGUGCCGGGAUAGCUCUACAAAGAUAUGCGCGGUAAACUUUACGAAGAACUUUAGGACCUACAACCUGAGUGGCCACACGGAUGCCAUUGUGGCGUGCUUUUUCGAGGCAAACAGUCUGGAUCUCAACACCAUCAGUAGGAAUGGUCAGCUAUGUCUGUGGGAGUGCAGCCUGUCUCCUUCAGACUUGGAGGAUGCGACAAAGCCGGAAAAUGCUCCGACCCAGAGCAAAAAAGUAAAAUCAGAAGACAGUGACAACGAAUCGGAGGAUGACGUGGAGGAUGUGGUCGAAAAGCAGUCGCCGAACGAGGAAGGUACGGCAGCCACUGAGGACCAGAACGAACUCAAAGACGAAGCUGAGAGGCAAAGACAUCCCUUCUUCUACAAAAAACUGUCCCGCCACUACCUCGCCGACGAGCCACGCAAGGAGCAGCGAGAUGUGCAGCUCACAGCUGCCAACUACAACCAACGGACCAAGGUUUUGGUGGUGGCCUUCAGCACGGGUGCUUUUUACCUUUAUGAGCUACCCGACGUGAACAUGAUCCACUCGCUGAGCAUCUCCGACUAUCCCAUCUCGGCAGCUUUGUUCAAUUGCACAGGCGAUUGGGUAGCGCUGGCCUCACGGGAGAUUGGACAGUUGCUGGUUUGGGAAUGGCAGAGCGAACAGUACAUCAUGAAACAGCAGGGCCACAGCAGCGAAAUGACCUGCAUUGCCUACUCGUCGGAUGGCCAGUUCAUAGCUACCGGCGGCGAGGACUCCAAGGUCAAGUUGUGGAACACCCAGAGCAGUUUCUGUUUCGUUACUUUUAGCGAACACACAAGCGGAGUGACUGGGAUCCAGUUCAGCCGAAACAAGAAGUUUCUGGUCAGCAGUUCUUUGGAUGGCACAGUGCGUGCCUUUGAUGUGAAUAGGUACCGAAACUUUAGGACCUUCACGUCACCAAACCCGGCUCAGUUUUCCUGCGUGGCCGUCGACUACUCUGGAGAGUUGGUUGUGGCUGGAGGUCAGGAUGUAUUUGAUAUAUUCCUUUGGUCAGUUAAGACCGGAAAACUUCUGGAGAUAAUCAGUGGCCACGAGGGGCCUGUGGUCUCGCUGGCAUUCUCCCCAGUGGCCACAUCCUCUACUCUGGUGUCCGGUUCAUGGGACAAGACUGUGAAGAUUUGGAACUGCCUGGAGAGCAACAGCGAGCACGAAACCAUCGAUGCUGUUUCGGAUGUAACCAAUGUGACGUUUAGUCCCAAUGGCGAAGAGGUUGCUGUAGCCACUCUCAGCGGAAAUAUAACCAUUUUCGACAUCAAGUCCUCCAGCCAAGUAACCACCAUAGAGGGUCGCAAUGACUUAAGCAGUGGCCGCCUGGAAGGUGAUAUGAUAACAGCUAAAAAGAACACACAAGCCAAUUACUUCUCUACCAUUGAGUACUCUGCGGAUGGAGAGUGCAUACUGGCUGCCGGAAAGUCGCAAAACAUUUGCAUCUAUCAUGUGAGAGAGGCGAUACUACUGAAGAAAUUCCAAAUAACACAGAACCACAGUCUAGAUGGCUUAAAUGACUUUAUUAAUCGAAAACACAUCAGUGAGUUCGGCAACAUGGCUUUGGUGGAGGAGCGCGAAGAGUUGGAAGGCGGAAAGGUGGCUCUGCGACUACCAGGAGUGCGCAGUGGAGACAUGUCCUCCAGGCGCUUCCAGCAAGAGGUGCGAGUGUUUUGCGUAAAAUUCUCGCCCACUGGCCAGGCUUUCGCCGCCGCAGGAACUGAAGGACUCUGCAUAUACGCACUGGACAAGGGCGUUGUCUUCGAUCCCUUUGACCUGUCGCUUGAAGUUACCCCGAAAGCCGUCCAUGAGGCGCUUAAAAAGCUGGAGUACACCAAAGCGCUGGUCAUGUCCUUGAAGCUAAAUGAACCCAAUUUGAUUGCCCUAGUGCUGGAAAGAGUGCCGUAUAGGGACAUUGACUUGGUCUGCGCGGAUCUGUCUCCGGAGUUCGCCCAGCGACUGCUGCAACAAUUGGCCCGCCAGUUGCAGGCCACGCCGCACAUUGAGUUCUAUCUCCAGUGGAGCUGCUGCUUGCUGACCAAGCACGGAAACCUGGACGGGGUCUUCCAGCACACCGGUCUGCUGGCUCUACACGAGGUGCUUUCCAGGAAGUACGAAAUGCUCAACAAGAUCUGCGACUUUAACAAAUACACCAUGAAGGUGCUGCUGGACAGAGCCGACAAAUUGGAGCAGGAAAAUAGCGAGAGCAAGAAGACCCUAAACGAGGACAGCGACGAGGAGAUGCUGCUCAUCCGGGUGCCAGACAAUGAGGCUUCUCAGUCGCAGUUCAGCGACGAGGAGGAGAGUGACAGUGGCUCCGAAUAAGGAGCUCAUAAAUUGUUGAAAAUGUUGAAGGAUGAAAACAACCAAGUUUGAUAGAUGUACGCGCCUUGUCUUUUAUUAAGAAUAAAUUUAAAGCUUUUUCAAUAACA